AUGGCUCCCAGAAGAUCAUCUAUAGAUCGAUCUGAUAUUGAGGCUCCUUUGGAGAAGAUGGAGACUGGGGCAUUGCACAAGGAACAUGAGGGCAUGGCCUCCGGUCUGACCCCUGAGGAUGCAAACUUCCUCGAAAACUUCCCGGAGGAGAUGCGAAAGAAGCUCAUGCACAAGGUAGAUUGGAGACUCGUCCCGAUGCUCCUCUUCCUAUACCUCAUGGCAUAUCUCGAUAAAACAAACAUCGGCAACGCAAAAAUCGAAGGUCUUCUACCCGAUCUUCAUAUGACUGGGGAACAAUAUAAUAUCGCUUUGUCGAUAUUCUUUAUCCCUUAUGUGCUUGCCGAGGUACCAAGCAAUAUGCUCCUCAACAAGUUCAAGAGGCCUUCACAGUAUAUCGCUAUACUUGUCAUCGCGUGGGGAAUUGUCAUGACCUGCACAGGUUUUGUUCGAAAUUUCUCCGGGCUCGCAGCUAUCCGGUUCUUCCUAGGGCUUACUGAGGCCGGCUUCUUCCCAGGCGCUAUCCUUAUCAUAUCAAAAUGGUACCUCCCAAACGAAACGCAAACGCGUAUUGCGUUGUUGUACACCUCAGCCGCCACUGGCGGUGCAUUCUCCGGCCUUCUAGCCUUUGCCAUUGCGAAAAUGGAUGGACUUGCAGGCUACGCUGGCUGGAGAUGGAUCUUCAUCAUCGAGGGAAUCGCAACAGUUCUUGCUGGGCUCUUGUGCUUCGUUCUCCUCGCGGACUCGCCAGUAUUGGCAUCCAGCUGGCUUGAUGCGGACGAGAUACGGUACCUUGAACUCCGGCAAGCCGCACAACGUGUCCAGGCACCGCAGGAAUACAGAGAAAAGACCUUCGACUGGAAAGCUUUGCUUGCCGUGGCGACGGAUUGGAAGAUGUACCUGCUCAUCCUUGGUAGCUGGUCAAAUGCAGUUCCCAACUACGCCAUGAAGUUUACCAUGCCGACAAUCGUCGGGAGUAUGGGUUACACUUCGGCCAAGGCGCAGCUUCUUACAAUCCCACCGUAUGCCUGUGGCGCUAUCUCCGCCUACAUACUCGCUAGGUUUGCCGAUCGAUCGUCGUGGCGUAUGCCCUUCAUUGUGGGCCCGCAGAUUUGCGUAGUCACGGCUUUCUCAAUCUUGUUCGCCAAAGCAGCGGAGAUUAAGACAAAUGUAGCUCUAUGUUACUUUGGAGUGUGCUUGGCAUGUGCUGGAAUGUACCCCAUAUUUCCCGGCGUAAAUGCUUGGAAUGUGGCAAACACCGCUGGCCCAGUGAAGAGAGCCAUCAGCAUCGGAUACCUCGUAUGCGCCGGUAACAUUGGAGGCAUCAUUGGUAGCUAUAUCUAUAUUGAGAGGGAGGCACCUAGGUAUCCCACGGGAUUCGGAAACUCACUUGCGUUUGGCGCCGCCGGUAUGGUGGCCGUUUUGGCUUUGGAAUUUGGUUUAUGGAAGAUUAACAAGCGAGACGCUAAGUUCUCCGAGGAGGAGAUCCGGGCAAAGUAUACGGACGAGCAGCUGGAGCGUAUGGGUGAUAAGAGUCCUCUGUACAAAUACACUCUGUAG